UGCAACGAGACCGAGUGUGAGAGCGAGCCUCCCCCCACUGUUAUUCAAAGCGAAAAACGGCUAACGGGACCUCAAGAAAAGACAGGAUCGGAUAUAAAACAAGGCUUCACCGUGUCUUGCGGGUACAGAGUGGAAUAGUUUUGGGCUACCCGGGGUGAGGAGGACUGAUCGGCGUGCUCAAAGUUACAAAAAACAGCAUAAACUUGCUGCUAACACAGAAGCGAAAAGGACACAUCUGUCCUUGCCAGUGUCCCGUCUACCGUCCUCCAGCUUCAAGAAAAAUGAAUCAGUCUGUGGCAAUGCAGCUGUCAGUCACACUCAGUUAAAUGUUACUUGAGCAGAUAUCGCUCGGCUGGCCGAAGAGGAAAAAGAAGAAAGGGGCUGCUCAAGGUGCUGGAAGAUGUCUCUCUGGAUGAUACUGCCUGUUAGCCUCCCAGUUCUGACCAUCACUGGGAUAUGGGUUGUGUACGCCAUGGCCCUGUACAAUCAACACGUCUGCCCUGUGGAUAACUGGUUGUACAACCAGUCAUGUGAAGAGGAUCUGUAUUUGCAGAGUGGGCCAACCUUGUGCUGCACGCUAGACAAUGUACCUCUCAUCAGUAAAUGUGGAACUCUUCCCCCUGAGAGCUGCUUCUUCAGCCUUAUCUGCAGCACAGGCUCAUUCAUGGUGAUGGUGAUUGUGCUGCUCCGUUACGCCCACGUCAUUGAGAAGCAUCAAAACUGUGUUCUCAACACGGCGAGUCUCUCCACAGGCUGGAUCUGUGCCGCUGGACUCAUCAUGGUGGGCAACUUUCAGGUGGAUUAUGCCAAAGUCCUCCACUAUGUCGGAGCAGGCAUCGCCUUCCCCACCAGUAUGCUGUUUGUGUGCCUGCAGUCGGCGCUGACUUACCGACUGGCAAAGACCCAGGGGGAGUACAACGUGGCCCACCUCCGGCUCUGCAUGACCCUGCUGGCCUUCGUAGCCUUGGUGCUCAGUGGCGUGUUUUUCUGUCAGGAGAGCUUCGUCCUUCAACACGCGUCAGCCAUCUUCGAAUGGGUGUUCUGCGUCAUCGUCAUGCUGUUUUAUGGGACAUUCGCCUUCGAGUUUGCAGGCAUGUCGGCAGAUACCAUGGUGGUGCUGGCUCGAGGGACGCUGGGACCAGCUGGGAGAGAACACAAGAUGGAUGCACUGGGACCACUGGGAGGGCCCAUUCCACACUCUCAGCCUCAUCCGCUCCAACCUGAGAACAUGUCCAUACUGUAGCCUGCUGGCACGUCUGGAUUCCACACAGUCGGCGUGUUUAUUCCUUUAAAACUCUGGUUGUGGAAUGACUUUAAUUAUUCAUUUCCUUCUUCUGAAGCUUUGAAAUGAAUCAGGCCAGUGCCGUCGCUGCUCCUGGCAGAGUGGAUUCUACUGUUUCAGCCACAGGGGUGUAGACCUGCGGCCACGGUGGAGAGCUUAGCUUGUAUUGUGCUCACGUCAGAGCUCGGUGUCUCUAAAGUACUUUGUUUGUAUUUUGCACAUUGCACAAGUGUGAAACCAAAUUUUCUCCUGUUACCAGCAGAGGAGUAUUGCGUCAAUCAGAUCAAGAAAAUGUCCCAUUUCCCCGAGAUGUCAACAAGUGGCCUUGGACCAUUUUUACUUCGGAUGCCUUCAUUGUACGUGAUGGAGUGAAGGCUGCUGGACGGCCGAGCUGAGUAUUAUAGUGAUGACACAGAGAGAAAAGCAAGUGCAUGAGUGUUACAGUGAGAGAAAGCUCAUGCUUUUUUCACGAGAGAAUGGAUGAAUGCAAUAAAUUUAAAGUAACAGUGUCAAAUAAAAGAAUAUAUAAGUGUUUUAGUCCACCCUGGAGGCAGAGCAGGGCAGCAGUCUGCAUUUUGCAAUCAUUUAAACCUGCAUUAAGCACUAUUUUUGAUAUAAGCAAAGGACUUGUAACAUCAAAGAGUCAUUUGUUUCAUAGUACUGAAUCUAAUGACAAUUAACACUAGAGCUGAAACAGUUGGUCGAUCAACAGAAAAAUAGUUGCGUACACUAUUGAUGAUUGAUUAAUUGUUCAGUCAUUUUUCAAGCAGGGGAUGAGAACGAGGGAUUAAAAGGUUAAAUAUUUAGGAUGAUUAUAUUGCUCUGUGUUUGCUGGAUGUUAGCCAACAACUUCAACUUCUUCUGUUUUGUGGUCAAAUAUAACUUAAUGCAGCUUUAAAAUAUGCUCCAUCAACAACUUUAUUAUCUGCAACUCUACAUGUACAAGCCAAACAUUAUUUUUUAAAUUGUCCAUGAUAUUGGGUGAUGUGCCAUAUUGUCAUUCGAACUGCAUACAGAACAAACAGUCGACCUGGUGCGUCAUCAAGUCAAACUUUUAUGACUGAGUCUGAAAGAACACGUCAUCUUUCCCUCUUACUGUUCAUAUAAAUACACCGUAUCGACCUUAGACCUCAUAUUGAUUCAACUUCCUCUCUGCAGAGUUCUACCAAAGAAAGAUGAAACAGUGUCCAGAGGCCAAAUGCGAACCGGCUAAUUCAAGCCAGAGCACCGGGUUUAUUGAGUUUAGUGAGGAGGCGUCACAUGUGUUUUCAGGUCCUACGGACGCAGGUCUGCAUCUCAUUACAACGUGCAGCGGCAGAACAUGCUGCCACUGCUUCACCCACUUACUCUUUUCAUUGAACUCUCCAUAGUUGGGGUUUUUCAGUGUGUUUAGCUGGUAAAGUGGGACAAAGGGAAAAGGAAGGAUAUGUUAUGUAAGACAUAAGUGAGAUGCACUGUUCUGCCUCUGUGUUACUGUACAGCAGAAUACACCAAAUACCAGUCUGCCUGUGGCAUUGGUGCUAAAACACACAAGACCUUGUUUCGUCAUUUUCCCCUGAGUUCAGCUGUAAUAACGUCUGAUGAAUGAAAGCAAUAAGAUGGAGGCAUUUCAGCGUCAAUGACUGCUAAUAGAGGAGGAGCAGAAGGUUACAUGCACACUUGUGAGUGCCAGGAAUACCAAAGGGGAUAUUUGGCACUACAAAGUCAUUUACAUUGAAAAAUCCUCCCUGCUAACAGCUACACUGAAGUGAUAUUUUCCAUGGCUGUCAGUGUAGUUUUUAUUUCAUUUCAACCUCAUGGUCUUUUUCUUUCAGCUGUCCCUCUAUGCAGAUGUUCAUUCUGUGCUGUGUUGUGCCAGAAUGACUGUUUGUGUUUUUAGGAAAUGUUCAACAUCUUAGUGUAAUAUUAACACACUCUGAGCUCUCCAGAGCCAGCAGAGGGUUUACAACAGUAACAGUCUUGUUUGCAGGCUUUCACACAGUGAAAAUAUCACUCCCUCAUACCGCAGCCGGCCACAUGUUGGGCAGAGGUUUUUAUCCAUGCCAGUAUUUUGGGUGCGAGUGGUUUAGUCGUUCAAAAGCCCAGCUUUACAAUCUGUUACAGCAGGACUGAAAUAUACAACCCCUAUUCCAAAAAGACUGGAAUGUUGUGGAAGACAUAAAUCAAAACAGAAUGCAUCUAAUUUAAAAUAAGUGUGUAUAUUUACAAAAAAAAGUUUGGGCAUUAGAUCACUUCCCUUUGUACUGUAUACGAUUGAAUGUAGGUCAAAAAGAAUUUGCAUUCUGUUUUCAUUAAGUUUUUCACAGCUUCCUCAAUGUUUUGGAAUCAGGAUUGAAGAAUGAGACUGAAUGCAUGAAUACUGUCAACAGGACUGAAGUGGAAAAGUUUGUCCACGAUGGUGGAAAUGACACCAGACACACCUGUGAUCACUUGCUUCUCCCUGCUGGUCAAACUGCUUAUUGCAUUUACAUUUACAUUUGUUGGAAUCAGAGCUGUUAAGAUGUGGCUCAGCUCACAGGAGGUCAGUUUUCUACCGGGCACCACUUUGAAGUGGUUGUUGUGGUGCCUUGUGAUCACACACUACAUAUACAAAAUGCUUUCUUUUAACACACAGUAAAGAUUUGAUGCAUUUGAAGUGUUAAGCCAAAUGUUGGUGCUGCUCAUGCUGCUCUAGCCAGAAACAUUUUACUAAAAGUGUCAUAUAACUGAAUGGUUUAUGCAAGUUAGGAAGCUACAUAACACAUGUAUGCGUAACGCCCCAAUUUCCAGUUCAACACUAGCACAUUUUGCAUUGCCUGUUUGGCGUCCUCUUCAUCUCGUAUUACUUUCUGGCUUUAUUUUCUCCUUUAUUGAUCUGUCUGACCUUUGCACUCAGGAAAAUGUUACCACACCAGCUGCAUUGUUUGAUUCAAAGCAGAGUGAACUCUGCCUGCUUCUGCCUUCUGUUAUGUAUGUUUUAAUGGCAUUCUUUUUAUGUUUAUGAGGAUUCUUCGUGUUUAUAUGCUUUGUGUAAUAUAGGUGGUUAGCCAUGAUAUCAUAGAUAUUAUUUUUGUUAAUCAAGACUCUGUAAAGCUUAAAAAAAUAAACAUUCCUGUAUGGUUAGCUUGUGAGAAUGCUUCUGCUGCUCACGCCAACAUUGGUUAAAUAUCUGCCAGAAAAACAAGCUCAUUCAUUCAAUCAGUAGAUCAUUUGUGAGAGCAUUCUGACAAACUAUCGUCUGUAACCUCAGAAAUCUGUCACUUCUCUGUUGAAAUGCAAAAUGCUCCCUAUGUGCCUUAUAUAUUAUUUUGAUAAUGAAAACCAAAGAGGUUCAGGUUGUAAAUUCUAUUUUGAUGAAAAGUCAUAUGAUUGUAUGUAUAUGCCUUAAUGUUGAACAAAUAAAAACUGUUUAAAAAUAA